AUGCUGUUCAGUCUCUGGCACUUUGUGUCUGGUUCGGUGUUUUCUGUGAUGCUGUUCCAAAGUGGAGUAAUCUUCCCCAGAAUCCUCAAACUCUGAUGUUCCAGCAAACUGACCAGCGGUUUCAACAACCAGUUCAACAGCAAGCUAGUCAACGGUUUUCUCCGCAAUUUCCUCAGUCAGUUCAACAGCAAGCUAGUCAACAAGCUAGUCAACGGUUUUCUCCGCAAUUUCCUCAGUCAGUUCAACAGCAAUCUAGUCAACGGUUUCCUCAGCCAGCUCAACAAGCUAGUCAACAGUUUCCUCCGCAGUUUCCUCAGUCAGUUCAACAGCAAGCUAGUCAACAGUUUCCUCAGCAGUUUCAGCCUAAGCAGCCAGUAGCACAGGCAGAGCCCCUUGACAAAUGUACUGUAGCUGAUUAUGAGCAGAUCCAAUGUGGACCACCUGGUAUCAGUGGUGCUGAGUGUGCAGCUAUUAACUGCUGCUUUAACGGACAGCAGUGUUACUAUGGGAAGGCAGUGACUGUCCAGUGUAUAAGAGAUGGUCAGUUUGUGGUAGUGGUGGCUAGAGACGUUACGCUGCCUCGAUUGAGCCUGGAUUCAGUCCGUCUCCUGGGUGGAAAUGAUCCAGCUUGCAGUCCUGUGGGAUCCACACCUUUCUUUGCUAUAUAUCAGUUCCCUGUCACUGCAUGUGGCACAAGCAUGAUGGAGGACAGUGGAUACGUGGUGUAUGAAAACAGAAUGACCUCCUCGUAUGAAGUGGGUAUGGGACCACUUGGUUCCAUCACAAGGGACAGCCAUUUUGAGCUUCUAUUCCAUUGUAGGUACUCUGGUACUUCUGUGGAAGCUCUGGUUGUGGAGGUCAACACUGUUCCUCCACCUCCACCAGUAGCUGCUCCUGGACCCCUCAGAGUGGAGCUUAGACUGGCAAAUGGUCAAUGUGUCACCAAAGGCUGUGCAGAAGGGGACGAGGCGUACACGUCCUACUACAGUGAUGCUGAUUAUCCGGUCACAAAAGUCUUGCGGGAACCUGUGUAUGUUGAGGUGCACCUUUUGGAGAGGACCGACCCCAACAUUGUCUUGAUGCUGGGACAUUGCUGGGCAACAUCAACCCCUAGUCCACUCAGUCUACCCCAGUGGGACCUUCUGGUUGAUGGAUGUCCUUACCAGGAUGAUCGUUACCUGACCACAUUGGUUCCAGUGGCCGGAUCAUCUGGUCUUCAGUUCCCAACCCACUACAAGCGCUUUGUUGUGAAGAUGUUCACAUUUGUAGAUCCAGCAUCACUGGCUCCUCUGCAGGAAAUGGUAUAG